CCAUCAAAUCUCGUCUCCCCUUAAAAUUGGCGUUUUUUUGGUUUACCAUUUUUAUUCACUUUUUAAAAAAAAAUUGGGAAGCCAUGGGAGUGGAAUCGAACUCCAGCGAAACUCGGCAAGCAGUUCCCACGGCGACGACCGCCGACCAAAUCCAAGAGCUGCUCGAGGCAGCUAGGUAUGGUGACAUUGACGAUGUCAUAAGCCUAUUCUCCAUGGGUGUUUCUCUUGAUUCUAAAGAUUCCCAAGGCCGAACAGCACUUCAUAUGGCUUCUGCUAAUGGGCACCUUGACAUUGUGCAAUAUCUCAUCCAGAAUGGUGUGGAUGUCAAUGUGUCAAAUGCAGAAAGGAAUACUCCCCUUCAUUGGGCGUGCCUCAAUGGUCAUAUUGAGGUAGUGAAGGCUUUGAUCCUGGCACGAGCUACUGUAAGUGCGCUGAACAGCUAUGAGCGAAGCCCAAUGGAUGAAGCAGUGAAUAGAGGGAAAAUGGAGGUAGUCGAUGCGAUCAGCACUGCAGUGGCUCAAGUGGAACUCGAAGGGGUUGGCGUUUCUUAACACAGUGAGUGAGGAUUACGUGAGAACACCUACCAGCUUUAUCCGACUUAAAAGAGUUAAAAGAGGUUUCUUUUUGUCCUCAGGACUGUUAUGUACGAAAUGUUCAUUGUACCAUAGAGAUAAUAGCAUUUGGCCCCUGUUUGCUUCUUGGAAAUUCUAGGGAGAGAGAACUUUAUUUAAAGAACAUUAAAUUAAGAUAAGUGGAUCCGAGGUUGUUCCUCCUUUCCAUUUUGUC